AUAAAUCACGUGGAAAACGUGUUACGCAUGCUAUAUAGCACAUUCCUUUUUAAUUAAUUAAAGCGGUGGUCGACACGUUGUCUUAAGUUCAGCAAAUACAUUUACUAUUAAAAUGGCUUCUGCAAUCGCUCAAGAUAAAUUUUGGACGGACCGAGCAAUUUAUGAGGAAGCUGAGAAGAUUUACCACGAGAAACAAGCACUUCCAGCAUCUUGUCCAAAGUCCACGUUAACUCCCUUAGCUGAUGAAGUGGCUAAGGCAAGGCAACGAUUUAUUGAUAUUAUAAAUACUUACGAUUCAAAUUCUGAAAAUGUUACGCCUGAUACAGCCUCAAUGAGUUUAAUCGAGAAAAAAUAUUUAGAAUUCGAAAAAGUCAUCAACAACAUCCAAGAACAAAUGAUGAAAAUGGAUCAACGUCUCCGCGCUAUCGAAAGUAAAUGUGGCGAUUCGAAGAGCUGCGCGAAAUCCUGUGCGAUUGAUAUGAAGAAAAUCGACACCAAAACCACCACCGACGACGACGAUGUUGACCUAUUCGCCUCCGAUUCUGAAGAUGAGGAAGCAGAGAAAGUUAAACAACAGCGUUUGGAAGAGUACCACGCGAAAAAGUCGAAGAAACCCGCUUUAAUUGCUAAAUCUAGUAUUGUUUUGGAUGUCAAACCAUGGGAUGAUGAAACCGAUAUGAAAGUUAUGGAACAAAAUGUUAGGAAAAUUGAAAUGGAGGGAUUAUUAUGGGGGGCUUCAAAAUUGGUUCCUUUGGCUUAUGGAAUUAAAAAAUUACAAAUAUCAUGCGUAGUAGAAGAUGAAAAAGUUUCUGUUGAUUUGUUACAAGAGCAAAUUGAGGGUCUUGAAGACUAUGUGCAAAGUGUUGAUAUUGCAGCGUUUAAUAAAAUUUAAAUCAUUAUGAAAUUGUGAAACUUAAUUUGAAAUAAAAUAUUUUCCAUAA